UGCGGACGGCCGUCAAGCCCGCCUCCACUUGAACAUUAUGGCGUAAGAGUACCGCAGAACGUAGGAAAUGAGGUAAAAGCGGGAGGAUGCAGGGGAAGAAAGACGUAUUGUGUGUGAAGACGCGCUUCACUAAACGGUCCGCAGGGCCAAGUCCAUGGGACUGUCCUGAUGGGAAGGUAAAAAGCCUAACGAGGAGCAACGAAACGCGCGACUCGCGAUGCCUGCUGAUUCGCGAAUCAAUAUUCACGGGAAUUUUUCCUUUUCCACUGAUAGAACAAGGUCGAGUGUCUUCUACUCCCAAGAUAGGGCCUUCAAGACGUGAGGAGGCGAGAGGCGCGGUACGCGACUAGGAACGAUAGGCGUGCGAUGCUAAAUCAGAAUAUAUCACUCCAAUAGUGAGUUGAGAGUAUCAUAGAUUGACACGUGUAUUCGAGGCAGGAGGGUGUGUCUAUAUGUGACU